CUGGCAACACUGCUGCGUUUGUUGAUCUCUCGAACUCAUUGUCUGAGAAAUUCUUAUCCAUAACCAAAAUUCUUAAUAAUUUGCUUAUUACCCUUGGAAUAAACAAAAGAAAAUGCAGUCAAAUGAGUUUUAAACGUGCCUUAUUAUGUUCGACGCUUACCAAAAUAGUGUUAAGUGAAAAAAACAUGUGAAGUGUUUGGACGAUUAAUAUGCAUUUGUUUUCAUUAUGACAAAACGCCGAAGAAUACUUCAUGCCGACAAAAUAAUUCAAAAUAUUAUGAAUGUGUUUUGUUUGUUAAUGUUCCUGCAGUUAAAAGGUUUCUAUGCAGUAGUUAGUAAUCCAAUAUUGUUAUACUCAACGGCCUCUGACAUCAGAGUUGUUAAUACAUCAAAGUUAAGUAAAGUAAAUACAAUUGUAAAGGAUUUGGAACAAGGGUCGGCUGUGGACUUCCUUCACAGAAAGGAUCUAAUAUGCUGGUCGGACCAAACCGCUGAGCUGAUACAGUGUAUGAGUUAUAAUGAAACUCAUGUAGGAGAUAAGGUUAGAAUAGUUUCAGAUGGAUUAAUAACACCUACUGGUCUAGCCAUAGACUGGUAUACAGAUAAGUUAUACUGGACGGAUGGAGAGACCAAUAGAAUUGAAGUCAUUAGCAUAGAGCAGAGGUAUAGAAAAGUACUGUUUUGGUCUGAGGUUGACCUCGCCAGAGCUAUUGCUGUUGUUCCUAAGGAAGGUCUCAUGUUCUGGACAGAUUGGGGUGAAGUGCCUAAAAUAGAAAGAGCUGGUAUGAAUGGUGACCCAGCUACUCGCAAAGUUAUAGUCAAGGACAAUAUAAGCUGGCCAAACGGCAUUACAGUAGAUUAUGACAACAACCUCAUAUACUGGGUUGAUGCAAAGCUACAUUUUGUUGACGUCAUCGAUUUCAAUGGAAAAAAUAGAAAGAAUGUCGUCAAAGAAGAACUAGUGUAUCCGUAUGCCCUUGCGUUUUUUAAUUAUAAACUGUAUUGGACUGAUUGGAAGACAUGGUCAAUACACACAUGGGACAUUUCAACUUCAGGACCAAUGAAGGAAUUGAUCAAAUCAGACCCAGUGCCUGUAGAUUUGAAGGUUUAUGAUGGAAGCAAGCAAGUAAUGCCCACUGGAGAUUAUCCAUGCAAGGAGAACAACGGAGGAUGCUCACACUUGUGCCUUUUAGCUCCUAAGCCAGCAGGCUAUCAAUGUGCAUGUCCAACGGGAUGCAAGUUAAAAGAAGGCAGCAAUACAACUUGCCACAACACCCCGCAGUCCCUUCUUAUCGUGGCGCAGCGCUCAGCCAUCUCCAAGAUAUCCCUGGACUCGCCAGACUUCACUCCCUACACACUACAUUUGAAGGAUUUGAAAAGAGCACUCACUGUAGAUUUUGAUCCCAAGUCUGAAUACAUCUAUUGGGCUGAUAAUUUGGCAAAAACAAUAUCCAGAGCUCGUCUGGAUGGCAGUGAGCAAUCAGUGGUCAUUCACAGCAGUGGAGUUCCGGACAGUAUUGCAAUCGAUCCCCUGGCUAGGAACAUUUAUUGGACCGACCCUGUUACAGACACAAUCAAUGUAGCAAGACUGGAUGGAAGCUCUAAGAAGGUGCUAAUCCACAACGACCUAUACGACCCGCGUGCCAUUGCGUUACACCCAGUAGCUGGCUGGAUGUUCUGGUCAGAUUGGAACGAGAAGAAACCUAAAAUAGAGCGCGCCAACCUGGACGGUACUGCGCGCGUACUGCUCGUGUCUGAACGUCUCGCCUGGCCUAAUGGCAUCGCUCUAGAUACUGUCAAAAAUAAACUCUAUUGGGGUGAUGCUAAGACGCAUAAAAUUGAGGUAUGCAACAUGGAUGGCACAGAACGGAAAGAGUUGCACAACAGCGAGAUACUUCACAUAUUCGGCCUUACAUUACUUGGGGAGCAUCUCUACUGGACGGAUAUGCAGAAACGGACCUUAGAUAGGAUUAACAAAAACACAGGGUUAGAACGUCAGGCAGUAGUGGAGCAGAUGGCGAACAUGAUGGGGGUGAAGGCCUUCCGACUUGGGGAGACGCUGCCGUGGAACCCCUGCGCCGACAACAACGCGGGCUGCUCGCAUCUCUGCUUCAAUACGCCGGACAAACAUAUCUGCAGCUGUCCUAUUGGCCUAGAAUUAAGCAAAGACAAGAAAACCUGCGUAGAACCUGAAGCCUUCCUAGUGUACAGUCGCAAGAAUGUUAUUGGCCACAUGAGUAUUGAGAACGAACAGAGUGACGUCAUACUGCCUCUUAGAGACUUGAAGGAAGUCAGUGCACUAGCUGUUCACGUGGCAGGCAACAAGCUGUACUGGUCGGACGCUAAAUCGAAGACCAUCAACCGAUGUUCUAUGAACGGUUCCAAUAUGGAGAAAGUCUUGGAGUGGAUGGGAUUGGUCGAAGGUAUAGCAAUAGAUUGGUCAGGACACAACAUAUACUGGACCGACACUGCAACACAGCGCAUAGAAGUGGCUCGACUCGACGGCUCCAGCAGACGUACCCUCGUCUGGCAAGGACUGAAGAAGCCUAAGAGCAUAGCCCUGGAUCCUAAGAAGGGCUACAUGUACUGGUCAGAACUUGGUUCAAAGAGUAUAAAGAGGGCUGGUAUGGAUGGGUCAUCUCCAACCGUUAUCUUCGAGCAAGUUGGCAAAGUCCACUCGAUUGCAAUAGACUAUGAGAGACGUGGUCUUUACUGGGCCGCCCUGGACCCACCGGCCAUAGAGUUCGCGUACCUGAAUGGAACUGGACGGAAGACCUUGAUAAAUAAUGUGUCUAUGCCUUACACACUCACCCUGUAUAACGAUAAGAUAUAUUGGGGCGAUUGGAAUACUGGUAUAGUGGAAUCAGCAAGCAAGACAACAGGAUCAGGUCGCGUAACAGUGGGUACUGGGCUGGAGUACAUCUCGGAGCUGAAGGUAUGGGGGCGCGGGCGCGGCGCGCGGGGCGCAGGCUCGCAGUGUGCCGCCGACAACGGGGGCUGCGCCCACCUGUGCCUCGCCGCGCCCGGGGACUACCGCUGCGCCUGUCCCGCGCAUUACCGGCUCAAUAGUGAUAACCUUACUUGUGAUGAACCCGAAGAAUUCGUACUCUUUGCUUUGAAGAAUGCAAUAGGACGAAUAGUGAAUACUAACGGCGAGUGCAGCGACGCUUACAUACCGCUUACUGGGUUGAAGAACGUUAAGGCAAUCGAAUAUGAUCCUGUCGACAAACACUUCUACUGGAUGGACGAGGACUCGCACGCGAUACGACGGGUCCCAAUCUCCUACUCCUCGAUCUCAGCCAUUUCCAACUCCACCGUGGUAGUGUCAGGCCUCAGCCGGCCCUUCCAUAUGGUCCUAGACAUCCUCGGCCGCGCCCUCUACUGGACAUGUUCCGACACUGACUCCAUCAACGCCACUUCCAUCGAUAACAACUCUUCAUCCGGUGUCAUACUACGGGGAGAGAAUAUGAUGCCCAGGUUUCUUGCUUUCCAUCAGACUAAGAGAUUCCUGAUCUGGAACGACGCGGGUCUAGGCGUGAUAAUGCGUUCGAACGUGGACGGUCGCGGGCGCGUGGAGCUGGCGCGCGCCGCCAACGUCACGGCGCUCGCACUCGACGCCGCCGCGCACACGCUCUACUGGGCCGCCGCCAGGCAGAUACUCGCUGUCGAUCUAGACGGGUCCAACAAACGCGUAGUAUGGCAGGGCGGCUGGGCGGGCGCGCUGGCGGUGUGGGGCGGCUGGGCGUACUUCUCGGGCGCGGGCGCCGCCAUGCGUCUGGCGCUGGGACGACGCGAGGCGCCCGCGCAGCCCCUGCCGCAUGUACCGCGCCUCGUCGCCGCCAGGGCCGUCGGGAAGGUGGCGGUGUCGCACGCGUGCUGGCGCGGCGGUGCGUGCGGGGCGGCGCCGGGCGCGUGCGGCGCGGGCGGCGCGUGCGGGUGCGCGCUGCGCUGCGGGGCGCCGCGUCUCUGCCAGCCGCAGCGCUUCCUCUGCGACCCCGCCGCCGCCGACCCGCGCUGCAUCCCCCACCACUGGAAAUGCGACGGGCAGAAGGACUGCGAGAACGGUGCGGACGAGGCGGAGUGCGGCGCGUGCGCGGGCGGCCUGCGCUGCGCUGACGGAAGCUGCGCGCCCGCGCUUGGCGCGUGUGACACCGGCGCAUACUGCGCACGCGCACCGCUGCCUGACGCAUUCCGAUGUGACGAACGGCUCUGCCUCGCCCCGCGAUUACUCUGCGACGGGCACCAGCACUGCGAGGACGGGACGGACGAGGCGGCCGCUACAUGCGGGUUCGCGGGGGCCAAGGAGCAGACGGCGGGCGGCGCGCGCCGCUCCAGUGCCUUCGUCGUCUGCGGCGCCAUCGCGGGCACCGCCGCCGGCCUCGCCGCCGCCGCCGCCGCGCUGCGCAGGGUGCGCCGCGCGGCGCGCGCCCCGCCCACUCGCGGGGGCCGCGCCCUAGGCCUGGGCCCCUCGCUCCCCCCUAUAACCCCCGCCGCCCGCGCGCUUGUGCCUAUCAAACGUGAUAUCCCCAUGAUACCUGCGCUCACUGCUAGUUACACCGAUAGCGUGGAAAGCGGUUGCGCGCGGUACCCGCGUCCAACAGCGAACCCGCCGCCGAGCCCGGCGACAGGCAGCGACGGCGGGUCGGCGGCGCCGCGUCGUCGUCCGUACCGUCACUACCGCGCCAGCAACCGUCCGCCGCCGCCGACGCCGGCGUCGACGGACGCGUGCGAGUCCGAGCCCGAGCCCGCCGCGCGCGCCCCGCCGCCCUCCCCCGCGCCCCGCGCCCACUGACCGGUACACUCUACGUACCCUCCCUCAUACCACACAUUACUUUACUAUUCGACCGAAACUCGACUUUCAUACGAAACCGAAACUACAAAAAUAUCAUCACUUUUCACAAGCAACAAAUAAUAAAAGUUUGUCGUUUAUACAUUCACAUUGUUGUCCAUGCUUAUACUAUAAAAUACUAAAAGUACAGUAAAUGUAGAUGUUAUUAUUUUGACUAAAACUGAAACCAGUGGUGAAAAUUCAGUUUCUGUAAAGUCCAGUUUCGCCAGAUCAUUACAAACAUAACAUAGUGCACAAAUCAAUGCACUGACUCAGUCAUCUAGUCUCAAUAACCUAAAUGAAAUUAUUUAGUAAUAAUACAGUUUAAAAUAAACCCUAAAAGAAAAUGCAUAAAGCACAUAAUUAUUUGACGUUAUUCGGAUUUUGACAUCACACAUAUUAUUAUGUCACAUCACACCACAGAUGUUAUGUUCUAAGUGUGAAAUAACUAAUUGGUGCUAUUUCACUGUUCGUGCCUCAAUAAUUGUUAUAAGUAUAAAAUCUCUAUUAUUUGUAUUAUAUAGUAUAUGAUAGUGUUAAAUGUAAAGUUAAG